AUGGAAAGAGUAAAUAAGGAAUUGGAUAGAUUGUGUGAAAAAGACACGAUAGCUCAAGUAACGCAGCCCACAGAAUGGUUAUCUAAUAUGUUGGUGAGAGAAAAACCAGACGGGAGAAUCCGAAUUUGUACAGAUCCAAGUCGGACUGUAAAUAAGGCAAUAAGAAGACCUGUCUACACUAUACCAACUAUUGAAGAAAAGUUGCCUUUUCUGACAAGUGCUAAAGUAUUCACAGUGGUGGAUGUUUCAGAGGCAUUUCAUAAUAUUGAAUUGGAUUACGAAUCGUCACUAUUAACAACUUUUCAAGGUCCAAACGGACGGUAUCGAUACAAGCGAAUGCCUUUCGGCAUGUCAUCCGGUCCUGAGGAAUAUCAAAGAAGACAACAAGAAUUCCUUGAAGGGUUGGACGGUGUUAUAAAUAUAGCAGAUGAUAUAUGUGUUUUAGGAUGGGGUAACACAAAGGAACAAGCUAAUAUAGAUCAUGAUAAAAAUCUCAUCGCUUUGUUAGAUAAUUGUAAAGAACAAGAUCUUAGGUUGACCGUGAAAAAAAUGCAAUUCAAGUCCACUACAGUAACCUUUAUGGGACACAAAUUAACUGAUCAAGGAAUUUGCCCGGAUCCGGGAAAGGUUAGCACAGUUCGUGAGAUGCCAAGAUCUCUUGAUAAAGUUGGGGUACAGCGUUUUUUUGGGGAUGUGUAAUUAUUUAUCAAAAUUUUGUCCAAAUCUAAGUGAAACAGUGUUGCCGUUAAGGAAUCUAGUCAAGCAGAACGUUGAAUUUAAUUGGUCAGAUUCGCAAGAAAAUGCUUUCAACGCAGCUAAAGAUCUUAUUGCAUCAAGCGCAAAUUUGCGUUAUUAUGACGUUAAACUUCCAGUUACGUUACAAGUGGAUGAGUCGGAUGAAGCUAUUGGUGGGGUACUUAUGCAAGAAGAAAAACCAGUUUGUUUUACGUCACACACUUUAACAGAUACAGGAAAACAAUAUGCGCAGAUUGAAAAAGAGUGUUUGGCUAUCAUGACAAGUAUGAAGAAGUGGCAUCAGUAUCUUUUUGGUAAACAUGACAUUAUUGUGCAAACGGACCAUCAACCUUUAGAAACAAUUUUUAAAAAGCCACUUAGUAAGGCACCUCGAAGACUUCAACGGAUGAUGCUUCAACUACAGCAGUAUAAUUUUGAAGUUGUGUAUAAAAGAGGGAAAGAACUUUAUGUUGCAGAUACUUUGUCACGGGCAGCAUUAAAAGAAAAUUGCGCGGUGGAGUUGGAGUCACGGAAAUGGUAUUUCGAGUUGAGCUGGAGCAGAUGGGUUUAAAACCUGCCAUGAUGUCAGACUGUACGUUAAACAGAAUGAAAGAAGAGACCAGAAAAGACCAAACGUUGAAGUGUUUGUUGGAAACGGUACGAAAAGGAUGGCCAUCGGAUAAAUUAAUGGUUCCACCGUGUAUCAGACAGUAUUGGUUUUUUUCGAGAAGAAAUUACGCUUUACGAAGGGGUUCUUUUGAAGACGCAUCAAGUGAUUGUACCAACAGUGUUGAGGAAAGAAAUGUUGGAAAAGAUUCACAAGUUUCACCAAGGUGCUGACAGUAGUAUACGUCGAGCUCGAGAAGCACUGUUUUGGCCCGGAAUGUCAGCUAAUAUUCGUCAAAUGUCUGAAGCUUGCGGAAUUUGUGCUCAAUUCCAAACGGAACAACCGAGAGAGCCUAUGAAAUCGCAUGAGAUUCCUAAGUUACCCUGGUCAAGAAUAAGUGUUGAUUUAUUUCAAUUAGCUGAUAAGAACUAUUUGGUUAUGGUUGAUCAUUAUAGUGACUUCAUUUAACUUGAUCACUUGAAAAACACUACGGCUAAUUCUGUAAUUAAGGUGAUGAAAAAGAACUUUGCAAGGCAUGGAAUUCCAAGUGAAUGCGUUAGUGACAAUGGUCCUCAAUUUGACAGUUCGGAAUACAGAUCUUUUGCGAGAGAAUGUGGUUUUACACCGGUUAAGUCGUCUCCGUAUAGUCAAGGGAAUGGUAAAGCAGAAUCGGCGGUGAAGGUUGCAAAGAACAUAUUAAAAAAAUCGGGCAACGAAGAUCCUUACUUGGCAUUAUUAGCUUAUCGCAAUACUCCGCAACAAGGAUACGUAUAUUCUCCAUCUGAAAUAUUAAUGGCACGGAAACUAAAGGAUAUUAUUCCAAUGGUACCGUCACAGUUAAAACCACGAUUAGUUGACAGCAAAAUUGUAAGAGAGGACAUAAUGAAGAGAAGAAUUCAAUCAAAGAUUCAGUAUGAUAAAAAAGCGUCACGUCCAUUGAAAGAUUUAGCCGUUGAUGAUCAUGUUUACGUGAAGCCUAGGCAAAAGUAUAAGCCUUGA